GGCAGGAAGAGGGGAAAAAAGCUAGGCCCAGAGAAGGAGGAACGGGAGAGUCAAAAUGGCGGCUGCCUGUCUGAGGGGCUUCCUUCGCGGAUGUGGAAACGGAGGACCGCUGCCCUACAAUGUCAGCGGAAGGACCUUCUUUCUCGGCCAUCGUUCCAGAGCUCGUUCUGAUCUGGUGGGAGAAAAAGGGCCUACCCAGACGCCUGUCAGACUUCGGUUUGCUAAGAGAUCGAAACCGAGUGCGUUAGGCAAGUGGGUGACCUUAAUCAUCCCCGUGACAACCUUUUGCCUUGGCACGUGGCAGGUUCAGCGGAGAAAAUGGAAGAUGGAAAUCAUCGCUAAUUUAAAAGCAAGGACAUCGGCAGAACCCGUCCCGCUCCCAAUAGACCCUCUGGAGCUAGAAGAGAUGGAGUACAUGCCGGUCCACGUCCGAGGGUAUUUUGACCACACCAAGGAGAUACACCUGUUGCCGCGGACGUUGAUAACUCCAGAGGAUGGGAGACCUCAGGCGGGCAUGGGAAUGGGUCCCGUGCAGAGCGGGGCCCACAUCAUCACCCCCUUCUAUUGCACCGACCUGGGGAUUACAAUACUGGUCAACAGAGGGUUCGUGGCCUCGGCAAAAAUAAAUCCGGAGACCCGGCCGAAAGGACAGAUCCAAGGGGAGGUUGAACUCACCGGGCUGGUGAGACUGUCCGAACCCCGCAGAUCCUUUGUAGCCGAAAACGACGUCGAACGGAAUCAGUGGUUUUACCGGGACGUGGAAGCCAUGGCCAGAGUGACCGGAGCCGAGCCCAUUUUUAUCGACGCAAACGCCAAAAGCACGGUGCCAGGGGGACCAAUCGGAGGCCAGACGAGAGUGAUCGUACGCAAUGAGCAUCUCGGGUACAUCUUAACCUGGUACAGCUUGUCUGCCAUCACUUUUAUCAUGUGGUGUCAGAAGUACCUCCUGAACGUCCGCCGGUAAGCCUGGAAGCUCCUCCGUGCACGGACCCCGGGGCCUCGAGGAAUUUUGGGGGGGCAGACCCUGCUGUUUCAAGUAUUCUCUAUCCUUGCUGCCCCCUUCGUAACCCAACAAGAGCUGGGUUUGACCUUCUCUGGCAGGAAACGACGGGCACCCAGCUGCCCUGUCGGCUGAUUUUCUGGUUGCUUGGGCAGUAUUCUGUCCCUACCCUUCACUGAUAAGAACUGGCAGACAGUUCUGAAGGAAGGGAGUCCCGAUCCGGUUGCAACGCUGAGCUCCUGUUCUUGUUGGAAACGAAGCAGUGUAAUCCUAAGGUGUGGGAAUGGGUGCGCGAGACCUGGUGUACUUGAAUUGGAGCAAGCUCCACACAAGACUGGCUGUAUUGUGUGUAGCAGUAAAUAAAUCAUGAUUCCUUACAG